CCAUCUUCACCUUGUGUUCUUUAUGACUUGAGUUUUGAGCUGGUCAUUUUAACAUUUUGACAUAGAGUUUUCCUCUUAACAUGUUAACAAAACUUAUGCUGAAUCAUAAUCGAUAAACUGCAAAAGAAAGUAGAUGUUUACAAUAUUUACACUUGGAGUUGGAGAAGGGUACUUCCUUUAACAUAGUGAAAGCCAAGACAACUAAUUCAUACACGGCUGGCGUAUACUAGCAAAAGCAUCCAAAGAUAUAGAGGGGCUAACUUGAAUGUUAACAUGUAUUUCCUGGUCAAUGAUAGCCACCAUAUCUGUAACAAGCUUGUGGUUCUACAUCAAGACAACUCCUUGUGAAAACCUGUAAGCACUAUGUUGUACAUGUUAGCGAUCUUGUUAAAUUUUGCUAAUGGAUGUUUUAUCAUUCUAGUUUCAGUUAGUCAUAUUAGAUGGCUUUCUAUAUUUAACUAGUGAAUGAAUGUUUCUCCUGAACUCUUGGUUAUUAUAACCGCGGUAGUUCCACAGAAGGAUCUUCAUUGGGGUAUUAGAUUGAAUCCUUGAACUCCAUCCUAGGGUCCAAUGACAUUUCCAAAGGGAGCUAAAGAAUUCAAUCUAACACCUAAAUGAGGAUUCUUCUAGGGAAUUGCUACAACUAUAAUAAGUCAAGAGUUAUGAAAGAACUUCCGUUCAUUGGUUGAAUUGAACAUGGAUAAUUUGUAUGUCGCUAAUUGAAUGACAGAGUCAUUUUUCACUAUUGGAGUUUAUCAACUUCACUUACUUAUUCAACAUAAGUGUUGAUGGUCUUUCAUGAGUUGUUAGUAUGUGGAAAAGCGGCAAGUUGCUUGUAGACCAAGUUCCGAACAUACCCCGUGUAACAUCCCAAAUUUUUUUUCGCCAAGACUCGAACCAUUCUUCAUAUGUAUAUAGACUUGAACGGAAUGACUUCUAAUUGUAUAUAUGAGUUAGGAUCAAUUCCUAAGAUGUGUAUUAAAAAGUCACAGGUUCAAGCCUUGAAAACAGCCUCUAGUAGAAAUGCAAGGUAAGGCUGUGUACAAUAGACCCUUGUGGUCGGGCCCUUCCCUGGACCUUGCGCACAGCGGGAGUUUUAGUGCACCGGGCUGCUCUUAGAUGUGAUUUAGUGUUAUAAGGGAUAUCUAACACCAAGCCAAGUCCAAAGAAUUUCUAUCGGCGAAGUUUUCGAAUGAGUUUGUAUAAGGGUCAACUUCAAACGACCAUAUUUUCUAGAAUAUAACGAAUUGGGUGGCCCAUGACCUAUCAAAUUAAAUGUCUUUGAGUCUUUUUUCUAAUGCCACUAAGAUUGCAUUUUUUGGAGUUCAGAGUAAAAAGUUAUGUCUAGUUAAUCAGAGAGGUGCUCGCCAAGUCCGCGUCGUGGACUUGGAUAGUUUUUGCUUCAACUCGAAAUUUCGGAAAAAAAUGAACUAUGGUGAAACACCUCCGCAUCGUGGACCUGCUCCCGUGUAGUUCAAAUUUGUGCAAAAAUUUCCAGAUUUUAGUAAGGGCAACUUGGACCAUUCUCUAAUUAUAUAUAGACAAAGUUGGAUGAAUUUUGAAGACAUUUUUUAGUCUUUUGCCUCCCCCAAAACCCUAAACUUCUUCCUCUUCUCUCUUAAAUCAUCUCCAACAAAUUUGCUCUCAAACUCAAGGAUUCAAGCUCUCCAUUUAGGAUCUAACAUCAAGAUUUUUUCAAGAUCUACUCUAAGGUAUGUAAGGCUACUCACAAUGUUGGAUUGCUUUCAUCCACGUGCCCUACAUCUUCAUUGAUUCGAGUUGAGUUGAGUUUUGAGGUUCCAUGAGUUGAGUUUUGAGUUAUUUAUAAUUUAUAAUGAGUUUUGUAUAUAAAUUCAUAUGUAUUAAUGACGUUCUUGAGUUGAGUUUUGUUGAGAGCAUGGAUUUAUGUAUUCAUUCACAUGAACCAAAGAUGAGAGUUCAUUGUCAUAAUUUGUCUUGAGAUUGAGAUUGAUGGUUUUCAUGUAUAAAUAAAAAUAUUGCUUUCAAAAUGAGAUGAUGCAUAUUUUAAUGAGUUUGAUGAAAUUGAACAUAGAGUUGAAUGAGUAUAUUGGAGCAAGAUGUUUGAUGAUGAUGUAAAUAAUGUCUAUCUUUAAAAAGGUAAAAUGAUUGAUGAAAAGGUAAUAUUGAUGAUGAUGUCUUGAGAUGGAGUGGAUUUGAGUCUAAUAUGAAUACAUGAUAUAAUUUGUAUAAUUCGAUUUGAUUGGAGUCUUAUGAGGAUUUUGAGUAUAAACGAUUGUUUGAGAAAGAGUUUUAAAAAAAUGAUUUGUGAACGUUUUGAAUAAAUUAUUUAUGCACUAUUUUGAGUUUAAAGAAUGAUUAUUUUCAUCUUUGAUUAAGAAAGAGUUUAAGCAUGAGUUGAGUUUGAAAAGUCUCUUAAUUAUUAUUUUGAGCAUCAGUAUUUUGAGUAUAAACGAGUUGAACAUUUUUAAAUUAAAACAUCUAUUUUGAGAAUGAGGUGAGGGGUUAAAAAUUAUGUUUUAAAUGCAUUUAAUAUUUACUGCAUUCAUUGAGUUGAGAUUGUAUCAAAUUUAAAGAGAAGAGUUUGAUGAUUGAGAUGAGUUGAUUUUUUUGUAAGAAGGCCCAAUGAGACCAGAUUGAUCGAGUUUUGAAAAGAGUCCAAUGAGAUUAAAUGAGUUGAUUUGAACUAAGUCCAAAAGAGACUAAAUGAGUAUUUUGUGUAUUUUUACUCACCCGAUAGAUAUGAACGUAUUGAGUCUUGGAAGGAGUAUCGAGCACCGAAUUGGGUAAGAGUACUACGUAGCUAACGUAGGAAAUGAUUGGAUCGUUAAAGUCGGAUGUUUCUUAUUUCAUUGUCUUGACAUGAUAGGACUUGAUUGAUUGUUGGAUCCAUGAUUGGUUGAUUCGUUCAUACCCUGACAAAGUAUUGAACGGACGUGGCAACAACGUCGGCUUGUUGCACAUUACUAGCUCAUAGGGGAUGUUUGUCGGUUAGAUAAACUCCCAAAUUGAGUGGAUUGUUCUUGAUAUAAUUAGUUUGAUUGAGAUUGUAGAUGAUUGAGUCGAUUUGAAAUGCAUUUCUAAAUUUUGAUUUGCAUACCUGUUGAGUCGAGUUCUUUGAGUUUAUUAUUGAGUUGAUUGAGUAUGAUGUGAUUGGUAUUGUAGAUGAUUGAGUCGAUUUGUAAAACAUUUCUAAAUUCUAAUUCACAUGUCUAUUGAGUUGAGUCCUUUGACUUUAUUCGUUGAGUUGAUGAUAUAUGAUUGGAUUGGAGUUGAUGAUAUAUGAUUGGAUUGGAGUUGAUGGUAUAUGAUUGGAUGGUAUGUGAUUGGAUUGGAUCGGAUUGUAUAUGAUUGGAUUGGAUUGUAUAUGAUUGGAUUGGAUUAGAUUGGAUGGGAUGUGAUUAAAUUGAAUUGGAUUGGAUUUUAUAUGAUUGGUCUUUGUCUAAGAGCCCGUUUGGAUGGGCUUAAAAAAGUAACUUUUAUGUAUGAAGUGCUUUUAGAACUUUGAAGUGCUGAAAGUUAUUUUUAUAAAUAAGCAGUUGAGUGUUUGGAUAAAAGUGCUUAAAUGAGGAAAAUGAUGUGAAUUUUAGGGUUAAAAGAAUAAAAAUGGUAGUUUGGGAAUUUAGUUAAAAUAUAAGGAAUAUAAAAAUAAUUUUCAUGGUCAAAGAAAAUGACUUUAAGCACUUAGAAAAAAAAAGUUAGGAAUCCUAACUUUUCAUUUUUGACUGACUUUAAGAACUUUAUGGCUUAAAGUUAGCAUUAGGCAAACACGUCCAAAAGCUAAAAAGUGGCUUUAAGUUGGUUUUGACCAACUUAAAGCCCAUCCAAACGGGCUCUAAAUCGUAUUCUUCCUUUAGCCUUAUGAUACCUUGAUUGAGUCUUUCUUAUCUUUCUGAUUGAUAUAUCUGAACUGGUAUUAUUUUAUUUUGAUGCAUGUUUCAUUCUGCCAUAUUGCAUAUUCGUCCAUUCCACGUACUGACGUCCAUUUGGACCUGCAUCGUUUCAUGAUGCAAAGAUAGGUUUAAGAGAUCAUCAAUAGGCACACAGUUGAGGAUCUGUUCACACUCAGCUUAUUGGUGAGUCCUCCCCUACAUUCAGAGGAUACCACUUAUGUUAUUCUUGCGUUGAGUUUAGUCUUUUCAUUCUGAUUUGAGGGAGCCAUGAACCUGUCAUUGACACCAAUUAGAUAGUAGUGAUAGAGGCUUCAUAGACUAGGUAGUGAUGGGUCGAUUGAGUAUUUUAUUUCCUUGAAUUGUUCUUGUCAGACUAUUUAAUGACAUAGAUUGAAGUUCGAUUUGUUGGCCUAUGACCUUUUUUCCUUGAGCUAGAUUGUUGAUUAAAAUUGCCCACUUAAUUACCUCUUUAUUUUAAGUCUUCCGCUGAUUGAAUGAAUGAACGGAUGUGUGAUCAGGCCAAGUGGUUCGCUUGGGAGCCAGUAAUGGUUUCUGAGUGCCGGCCACGUCUACGGUACCCUCCCGGGGCUUGACACCCCGUGUAAUCCAAACAAAUAUUUCAACAUAAAGUUAUACACACUAACAUGUUAACAAAACUUACAUUGUUCCAUAUCUUAAUUGAUAAUAUACAUAUCUUAAAGGAGACUUUCAUUAUUCACACUUGUAGAAGGGCAGUCCUUUUAACAUACUCUGUAAAAGCCAAAGCAACAUAAUCCCAACAUAGCAAAUCUUCUGUUCCAAAUCUUGGCAUUGGCCGUCAUAAACCCAUCAGACUUUCUCUCACCAGCUCCUUGAAACAAAGGUAUGAUAGAUGCCAAUGUUAGCACAACAAUCGUCCCCAAAAACCAAGUGAAACCGCCGCUCGAAAGCUGCGAACAUGUUGUUGCCGUCGGAGAUUUCAGACCUUAAUUUUAACAUGAUUCAUUUGUGCAACAGCCUAACACCAAAAUUAAGGUCUGAACUCGAGAUCUCUGAUAUGUUAGUAUAUAAGAUAUUGUUUUAAAAAAUGUUAGAAUAUCUCAACCUUAAUAACAGAAGGAGGUGUUUAUUUCGGUGUUGCUACUGUAUCAUUAAGGUGCUUGAACUUUGGUCCUCACCAUCCUGCAAAUUAUUACGAUACAUACAAUCAAAUGAUACAUUCUAGUUACGGUCAAUCAAAUACUGUAUUUUCUUGUGCAUAAAUUUAACCCUGAUUACAAAUUUACAAAAAAGAGCCAUUCUAGAUUAAUCUCCUGCGCAAUUCUCAAAACAUGUGGGCCCACUUCCAAGCUGGCAAUUCUUUUGUCCAUCAACACACAACAUUUACUCCUAUAUAUAGAAUCUGUACUCUCUUUUUCCUUCACCACUGACACAAAAACAGUAGCUUACAAAUCGAGAGCUAGAUUUUUAGGGUUUCUAUUUUAUCGGGAAAAACAAUGAGUUCUGGCGGUGGAUCAGCCAAUGGCGGUGCUGGUACGGGGAAGCCAAAGGCAUCAACAUCUGUGUCUAGGUCUUCAAAGGCGGGUCUCCAUUUCCCUGUAGGCAGGAUAACUCGUUUCCUGAAAAACGGAAAAUAUGCUGAACGUGUUGGAGCUGGUGCACCGAUUUAUCUGGCUGCUGUCCUUGAAUACCUCGCUACUGAGGUGUUGGAGUUGGCUGGAAAUGCAGCAAGGGAUAACAAGAAGAAUCGUAUAGUGCCGAGGCACAUUCAGAUGGCUGUGAGGAAUGAUGAGGAGCUGAUCAAGCUUUUGGGUAAUGUUACAAUUGCUAAUGGAGGUGUCUCGCCCAAUAUUCACCAGAAUCUGUUGCCUAGAGAGUCUGGCUCAGUUUUGUUCCAGCAGAGUUGCAUUAACAUCAAGCAUACUGCAUUUCAUCCAUAAGUUUGCUAUGUGAAACACCUGAAUUUCAAGCAUACUGAUCAGGAAAUAAGUGUCCAAAGUCCAGGUGUUGGAGUUGGCUGGAAAUGCAGCAAGGGAUAACAAAAAGAAUCGUAUAGUGCCAAGGCACAUUCAGAUGGCUGUGAGGAAUGACGAGGAGCUGAGCAAGCUUUUGGGUAAUGUUACAAUUGCUAAUGGAG